GCUCCAAACACGAAAGCUCCCGGCAGCCUGCUCUGCUCUGCUCUACUCAAGCUUUCCUUUACAAAUUGAAUCCACUAUCAACCACGCAGCAUAUCUACCACUACAUAUUUGCCAAGCUGCUACCAAACCACAACUUGUCUUCAAACACUCACUUUGACCUAACCGAGUUGAAGACUAUUAAGAAUUACGAUAGCACAAUACCAAACAAAAAAAAACAAAAAGUUUAUUAAUACUCUUUCUACCGACAAGAUGUCAAUGCGCAUAGUCCCCCCCUCCGCCCACACCAGCACCUUCAAAUCGACCAACACAUCCGCCCCGUCCGCCCCCGGCGUCCACGACACGCUCCGUCACGGCAUCGGCCCAAACACCUUGUCCGCAGAGUCCCCCGCGCCCGUCUCGCGCCACCCGCUCGAAGCCCGCCUCAAGGCCUGGGAGUCGACGCAGGAGGCCCUGCGCAUGGAGAGCCUGCGCCGCACCUUCGGCAUGGCGGAGCCUAUCCGCCGCGGCAUGGAGCUCAAGAUCACGCGCAACGGCGAGUGGCGCCCGCUGGCCCUCGGCGGCGGCGCCGGUAUCAAGAGCGUGCAUGAGGAUAUCCUGCGCGGCCGCGAAGCUACGCUUGACUGGGAGGAUGUGUUUACCGGUGAGGAGCAGCGGUCUGCUGUGACUAUGCAUGAGGAGAUGGAGCGGAAGUUGAAGAUUUAAGGGACAGUCCGAUGUAGCAUCUUGGUAAUCAGCAUAGGUAACGGUUGGUGUUGCGUGAUAGACACUCCAACUACACUAGUAGCAGCUUCAGGUUGAUGAACACGAAUCGGAGCAUGCUUUCUACUACGUACAAUACCGACGUAUAUCAUGAAAUAGACAAUAUAUGGGCAUCUGACCCUGGAAGCCCUUCACAAGAUAGCCAUGACCUAACGCAAUAAUAUAACAACUA